CACUGACAUCGAAAGGAAAUAACCUACACACUUGAAGCAUGACCUCGAUACCGGCAAGCUUCUCCAGUCACGUCGUCGGAAAUUCCAGAUGGUCGCUAGCUGGAAUGAGUGCUCUGGUCACCGGUGGUACUCGUGGAAUCGGCUAUGCUGUGGUGGAGGAACUCGCUGAGUUAGGGGCAAGAGUACACACAUGCUCACGUAACGAGUCUGAACUCAAUAAACGCUUACAAGAAUGGUCGGAGAAGGGCUUCAUCGUCACUGGAUCUGUCUGCGACUUAUCUUCUCGUCCCCAACGGGAACACCUCGUUGAAAAAGUUUCGUCUCUUUUCGGUGGCAAGCUCAACAUCCUUGCUUCUGGAGUGGGAAACAUUGUGUUCAUUUCAUCUGUUGCAGGUCUGGUUCAUGUUUCUGUUGGGUCUGUUUACAGUGCUACUAAAGGUGCAAUGAAUCAGCUUACAAAGAAUUUAGCCUGUGAAUGGGCUGAAGAUAACAUUCGGAGUAAUUGUGUAGCACCAUGGUUCACUAAAACCUCCCUUAUUGAAAAUGGUGCUGAUGGUAAGGAGUUUGUGGAUGCUGUGGUGUCAAGAACUCCUAUGAAACGCAUUGCGGAAGCCAAUGAGGUUUCAUCUCUAGUCGCCUUCCUUUGCUUACCUGCUGCUUCUUACAUCACUGGGCAAACCAUUGCUGUUGAUGGAGGAUCUUCAGUCAACGGUUUUCCGUAA